CGCAUGGAACCGUGGAACAGGAAAAACAACAUUUUCUAGCAGCUACUCAGCUAGAUAACUAGCAAAAAUGUUGCCUAACAUAAAAUCAUUGAGAAUGUUGCUUAACAGGCGAUUAAAAGCGGCUGUCGACGAGCUAUUCGGGGCAGUUGAAACAACGAUAGCAGAGUACCAGCGAGAAUUAUGCCGUUCAAAAGAGGAGAAAGACCGAACGGUAGCAGAGUACCAGGAAAAAGUGUCCCGUUCGGAAGAAGAGAACGCCCGGCUGCAGAGGCUGCUGGAUGUCGUUCUUAAACCAGAAAUAAAGUUACAGAGACUAGAAGACCUCCAGCAGCUCACUCUCUCCGUCUCUGAAGAGGAGGUUCCCCCUGAGCAGCAGGAGUGUAGUCUGGGGCAGGAGGACCCUUCCCAGAUUAAAGAGGAACAGGAGGAACUAUGGGUCAUCAGUCAGAGACGAGAGCAGCUUCAAACGAUUGAUUAUGAUACUGAUUAUACUGAUGACUCUGCUGAUACAGAAGCCUUCAUAUCUACUGCCAGAGUAAAAGGUGACUGUAAUCAGAACCCAAGUCAGUCCUCACAUCUUUACCAAAUGUUAACCCAACGUGAAGAAAACACAGACAGGGAUGAGCUACCCAGCACCACAAUGCAAAUUGAACAGAUUAAAACAGAAAACGUCAGUAACAGUGACUCUCAGCCCCCAUCUGCAGUCAAUUCAGACUGGUCUGAAACUCAGAGUGAGAGUGGUGAAAGUGAUCGGAUGGAGAGUGAAGGACCUCCACUCAAGUCCAAGAGAACACAGACAGAAGUUGGACCAAGCUUCCAUGUCUGUACUAAAGUCAGAGAAUCCACAGAGUUGUCCCAUCUGAAAUCCCCUAUCCCCAGUAAUGCUGUUCGUCAUUGUAGAAUAUGUGCAAAACCUUUUAUCACCAUGACGUCUCUAGUGAUUCAUGCCCAUAGACAUAGACAGCUAUCUCGUUGUGGUAUCUGCGGAAGAACCUUUGAGUCUGUAGAAAGUUUGAAAGAACAUCUACAUUUUCAUGUUGCAAGUACAGGAUCACUUUCUUGUUACAUCUGUGGUAUAUGUUUCACAGAGGAUGAGGAGGUUUUGCUGGAAGAGCAUAUGAGCAAUCACAAACUGAAACUGGAUCGCUGUCUUGGGUGUAAGGAACGUUUCAAUUAGAGGUCGACCGAUUAUGAUUUUUCGACGCCGAUACCGAUUAUUGGACGGCCCAAAAAAAAGCCGAUACCGAUUAAUCGGACGUUUUUUUACAUUUUUUUUGUAAUAAUGACAAUUACAACAAUACUGAAUGAACACUUAUUUUAACUUAAUAUAAUACAUCAAUAAAAUCAAUUUAGCCUCAAA